AUGCCGUCGACCGAGUGUCCAAUCUGUUCGCGUCAUGUGCGUCUUGAAAACCUCCCGCUGCAUGUUGAGACAUGUCUGACCAAGCAGCAGCAGCAGCAGAAGAAGCAACAGCUUGAGUCACCCCUUCAGUCUUUAUCUAUCAAGUUUGAACCCCAUACAAGCAGCCGUUGCAAUCGAUCAACUCCAAGAUCCGAGUCAUCGUUUUCAGCGUUAAAGAAGCGUAAACAUUCGACAUAUGACGAUAUUUCUGCUGUGCCAUUGGCUGAAAGAAUGAGGCCUAAGCAUAUGGACGAUCUGGUAGGCCAGGACGAUCUACUAGGCCCUCGUAGUCUUCUAGCGACACUUAUUCAAGCCGAUCAAGUGCCGAAUAUGAUUAUCUGGGGGCCACCAGGAUGCGGGAAAACGACCUUGGCAAAUGUCAUUUCGAAGAAGACAGAAUGUAAAUUUAUUACCGUGUCAGGAACAGCUACAGUAGGAGAUAUAAAGGACGCAGUGAUUCAAGCAAGAGGAGAAAGGAAAAUGUUUCGUCGACGGACAAUUGUCUUUGUCGAUGAAAUUCAUCGCUUGAAUAAAAGUCAGCAGAAUUUAUUUUUACCUUCUGUGGAAGAUGGUACAAUUACGCUGAUUGGUGCUACGACUGAGAAUCCGUCGUUCGAGGUGAAUAAUGCGUUAUUGAGCCGAUGCCGUGUAUUUACACUCAAGAAACACUCACCGGAGUCAAUCGAAACAAUCCUUCGACGUGCAGUGCGUGAUCAUGCUGCUGGGGUUGUACAAUCACUGACACAGACGCAGGAAAAGGCUGUUGACGAUGGCGACAGUGCGGGAAGUGACUCGAAAGAAAUCUCUAUCGAAGCAGACGAUGAGGCCAUUGACUACCUGGCAAAGCAAUGCGCGGGCGACGCCCGAGUCGCGUUAAACUGUUUGGAGAUGGCCAUACAAACGGCUCCAUUGGAUGCAGAAAAGCAUGUUCUGCAUGUAACGGCCACCCAUGUCCACCAUUGUUUUGCCCAUCGACAAACGCUUUUCUACGACCGAAACGCCGACAUGCACUACGAUUGCAUUAGUGCGCUCCAUAAGUCAGUGCGCGGUAGCGAUGAAAAUGCUACGCUCUACUGGUUGGCUCGCAUGCUCGAAGGCGGCGAGAACGCAUUGUAUGUUGCUCGACGGCUCAUUCGAAUUGCAAGUGAAGAUGUUGGUCUGGCAGCUCCUGAAUUGCUCCCCAUGGCGGUUUCAGCAUACCAGGCCGCUCACUUUAUUGGAAUGCCCGAGUGUGAUGUCGUGCUUGCUCAUGUUGCAACGAUGCUUGCUCGCGCACCAAAGUCUGUUGAGGUUUAUGCCGCAUACAAGCGAGCCAAACAAACAAUCAAUGAGUGGGAUAAAGGCGCACUGCCUGACGUCCCGCUUCAUCUCCGUAGCGCCCCGACGAGACUUAUGAAGCAGUUUGGGUAUGGCAAGGAGUAUAAGUACAACCCGCACUAUAGUGCAGACGAGCUCAAAGAUCAGACUUAUUUGCCGGAUGAGCUGGCAGGCAGGAAUUUUUUUGAACAUAACGACGCAGACCGAGAUGCCUGCUGA